GAAACUGGAUGAAAAUAGCAAUUAACUAAAUAUUUAAAAAUAUAUAUUUUUAUUUUAAAAAAGUCAAUCCAUCCGCCUCUUUUAUAACCUCAUAAGAUAUAGUUCUGUUUUUUGUUUCGUUUUCUGCGCAAAAUCCGAUUUAAAGACAGCGAGGCGGUAGCGGCGGUCACGUGACGCAUACGUCACAGUAGCCAGGGUUAAAAUGGCGGCGGCCGAAGGAGAGAACCCUCACAGUGUGUCAGAUGAAUUAUUUCAGAACUUUUACACGGAGGUCAAACAGAUUGAGAAGAGAGACUCUGUGUUGACGUCAAAGCAGCAGAUCGACAGACUCCUCAGACCCGGAGCCUCCUACUUCAACCUCAACCCCUUCGAGGUGCUGCAGAUCGAUCCAGAGGCAACAGACGAUGAACUAAAGAAGAGGUUCCGAGCAUUGUCCAUAUUAGUCCAUCCUGACAAGAACCAGGAUGAUCCCGAGCGAGCACAGAAGGCGUUUGAAGCUGUGGACAAAGCCUACAAACUGCUACUGGACCCUGAACAGAAGAAAAGAGCUUUAGACGUGAUCGAGGCUGGGAAGGAGUACGUGGAGCAUAUGGUGAAGGAGAAGAAGAAACAGCUGAAGAAAGACGGGAAAUCCCAGGAUGUGGAGGAGGACGACCCUGAAGUGUUCAAGCAGGCCGUUUACAAGCAGACCAUGAAGCUGUUUGCAGAGCUGGAGAUCAAGAGGAAGGAGCGGGAGGCGAAGGAAAUGCACGAACGCAAAAGAGCCCGAGAGGAGGAGAUCGAAGCGGCGGAGAAGGCGAAGCGGGACAGAGAGUGGCAGAAAAACUUUGAGGAAUCCAGGGACGGCCGUGUGGACAGUUGGAGGACCUUCCAGGCCAAAGGCAAGAAGACUAAAGAGAAAAAGAACCGAUCGUUCCUGAAGCCGCCCAAAGUCAAGAUGGAGCAGCGGGAAUGAUGCUGGACUUGAUUGUAACCCCGCCCCCUCCGUUCUGUGUGUUCUGGUGUCGUCGGCCGUCGUGGUCACGCAGCAUGUUGGUCAAACGUCGGCGUCCUCAUCACUAAAGUAGUUUUGUACUUGACCUUGUAUAUAUAUUCCUGUGAAGCAGAUCAUCCCGCCUCCUGGGAGAACCAGGAGCAUCUUCCACUGACGCAAAAUGUUUUUUUUUUUUUUUAUUUGAAUAAAACAUUAUCUUACAAAGUU